AUGGCAGGUGGAGGUUUGGCUACCUCGGCCGGAGGCACGCAUUUCGAGGCCAAGAUUACUCCUAUUGUUAUCAUAUCGUGUAUCAUGGCUGCCACCGGAGGUCUCAUGUUUGGCUAUGAUGUCGGUGUUUCAGGUGGUGUGACAUCAAUGGAUGGUUUUUUGAAAAAAUUCUUCCCGGUUGUAUACCGGAAGACGAAGGAUCCCGGAAUAAACAGUAACUACUGCAAAUAUGAUAAUGAAGGGCUGCAAUUAUUUACAUCAUCAUUAUAUCUUGCUGGUUUAACAUCAACAUUUUUUGCUUCAUACACAACCAGAAGAUUAGGCAGGAGAUUAACUAUGUUAAUUGCUGGGGUUUUCUUCAUAAUUGGAGUGGUCCUCAAUGCUGCAGCACAAGAUCUUGCUAUGCUAAUUAUUGGGAGAAUUAUGCUUGGAUGUGGUGUGGGUUUUGCUAAUCAGGCAGUACCCUUGUUCUUAUCAGAGAUUGCACCCACAAGAAUACGUGGAGGGCUUAACAUCCUAUUCCAAUUAAAUGUCACAAUCGGCAUUCUAUUUGCAAACCUUGUCAAUUACGGCACUGCUAAAAUCAAAGGAGGAUGGGGUUGGAGGGUAUCAUUGGGACUGGCCGGAUUUCCUGCCGGCCUCCUUACAAUAGGUGCCCUAAUGGUCGUGGACACCCCAAACAGCCUCAUCGAGCGUGGUCGCCUGGAUGAGGGAAAAGCCGUGCUACGAAAAAUCCGAGGCACUGAUAAUAUCGAACCCGAAUUCUUGGAGCUUGUGGAGGCAAGCAGAAUUGCCAAACAAGUUAAACACCCUUUCAGAAAUCUUCUCAUGCGCAGAAAUAGGCCUCAGUUGGUAAUUGCUGUGGCCUUACAGAUUUUCCAGCAAUUCACAGGAAUCAAUGCGAUUAUGUUCUAUGCACCAGUCUUGUUCGAUACUGUUGGAUUUGGGAGUGAUGCCGCGCUAUAUUCAGCUGUCAUUACUGGAGCUGUCAAUGUAGUCUCCACCAUCGUCUCCAUCUACUCAGUCGACAAAGCAGGGCGGCGCCUCCUCUUGCUGGAGGCCGGUGUCCAAAUGUUUCUCUCUCAAUUCACAGUAGCCAUAAUCCUCGGUAUCAAAGUCAAAGACCACUCGAACAACCUUAGCCAUGGCUUUGCAAUCUUCGUCGUAAUCCUGGUUUGCACAUUUGUGUCCGCCUUCGCAUGGUCUUGGGGUCCUCUCGGAUGGCUAAUUCCAAGCGAAAUAUUCCCUCUGGAAACCCGUUCUGCCGGCCAAAGUGUUACAGUUUGUGUGAACCUUUUGUUCACAUUUGUGAUUGCACAAGCUUUUCUGUCAAUGCUGUGCCAUUUCAAGUAUGGGAUUUUCUUUUUUUUCUCUGGUUGGGUUCUGAUUAUGUCCAUUUUUGUGCUGUUUUUGGUGCCUGAGACAAAGAAUGUGCCUAUAGAGGAAAUAACGGAGAAAGUUUGGAAGCAGCAUUGGCUAUGGAAAAGGUUUAUGGAUGAAGAAACUGAAACUGGAAUUGAUAAUGAGGCCAAGAAAACUGGAUUUGAUCCUAAUUCCCAGUUGUAA